CAUUUUUGUUAGAAAAUGCAACGUUUUCUGUUUGUUUGACUAAAAUUAUUCUUGGCUUUUGAAAGGCCUAUUAUAGGAAAAAAAAUUAAGUCUUGACGAUGAAAGGAAUAUUCUUGAUUUUAACUUCGUGCUUAAUGAUUUCCAUGGUGUGGAGCGAUGAGAAAUUUUGGUAUAUUGAGACAUACUGUGAAUUUGCGGAUCCUGAACCUUUUUACCGAUGUUUUAAACUUAUUGUUCAGGAAGAUCAUGCCAUUGAGCAAUGUAUUCUUCGAGUCUCUCCUGCACAAACACCAGAAGACAUAAAACAUUUUUUCUGCGAAGUUGCCAAAGAACAGGAGCUGAAAAAAUUUGAUGAAUGUAUGCAUGAAAAUUAUCUGUUUUCGGAUGAAAAUUACGUCGCAUUUCACUAUUGCCUUGGAAUCACACCAUGAGCACAGAAAAGAUGUCUUCGAUUUGCUUCAAGUUAUUAACCUGUUAUAAGCGAAAUUUUGAAUAAAUUUGUAAAAAUAUAUUCUUUUUUAAAUUAAAUUGUAAUUAAAAUAUUCGAAAAAAAUAAAACUGGAUUCAAGCAA